CUGUGUGCUGUCAGAAAUUAAUAAAUACUGACUGCUGAUGCUGUGUUCAGUCUACCAGUAUUUAUAUGUAUAUUAUUCAAACAAAUAUCCUUAAUUUUAGUGCUGUUUACGUGGUGAUCGUUUUAUUUAAAACUUUUAAUAGUGACUCUAUCGUUAAUUUCAUUUAAGUAGAUUGGAGUGUUGUAUUUUGAACUUUAAUUAAUAUUAUGUGAAAGUUGUGUGUUCUUCAAUUUCCUACCCACGUUCAUUGAAAAAUGGAGGUGUCUCAUUCCCUGACUCUGAAUGAGUCAGCUCUGCAACAGCUACCUGAUGACAAGAAGCCACAUUUCAUAUUUGAGUGGCUCCGGUUCCUUGACAAAGUACUUGUGGCUGCACAUAAGUCUGACAUAAAAAGCUGCCAGCAAAAGCUAGUGGCUCAGUUAGUGAACCUCUUACGUGAGAACCUUGGUGGACCAGCAAGGAGGUUGCUAGCCAGGAACUUGGCUACUCUCUUCUCAGUCGGAGACACAUUCCUGCUGUUCGAUACUGUGAACAAAUGCAAUGACAUCAUCAAAGUUAAAGAUGAUUCGCCAUCUUAUUUACCGACGAGACUGGCUGCGAUAUGCUGCUUGGGAAGUAUGUACGAGAAACUCGGCAGGAUGAUGGGAAGGUCGUACGAGGAGACGGUGACAACCCUAGUCAGGUCAUUGAAAAAUGCCGAGUCACAGACAAGACUUGAAAUUAUGAAUACUCUUGAAAAGAUCUGUGUGGGAAUGGGCACGGCUGCGCCGGCGGCAGUUCGCGAAGUGUCCCGUGCGGCCCGCGCGGCGCUAGUGUCGGAAAGGGCAACCGCAGUGCGAGCGGCCGCGGCCCAUACAUUGCGACAUUUGUUACCGUUGAUGAGAUUAACACCAGCGGACUUAGACGCCAUAGCGGCUGCUUGUUUAAGGGCUGCUCAGUCUAGUGAUUAUUCUUUGAGAUGCGCUAUAGCUGAAUUAUUGGGCGCGCUAAUAGCAAUCACACAAGCUGGAGAAGUGACCAAUUUGAAUUCGAAGUUGAAAACUGGUGCUCCAUCAGUUCAGCAAAAGAAAGACCCACCAAAGAACGUAGUAUCGUUAGAUGAAGCAUUAAACUUGUUGAUGGGUGCUUUCCUACGAGGAGGAACUUCAUUCCUUAAAGGAGAGAUUAUUAAGUCCAGUUCCGGAGUCAACCGGGAAGUGAGAGUUUGUGUGACACAUGCGUAUGUGAUAUUCGUUCAGAACAUGGGUGGAGUGUGGCUGGAGCGCAAUAUGACGACAUUCCUCAACCACGUGUUGGAUCUAGUCGCUAAUCCCAAGGCGGCGAGCUCACAUGUCGACGCUGUUUAUUCUAGAAAAUGCAUAAACUUCAUACUACGUAACACGCUUGGUAAGAUGCUGGGAGAGAAGGCUCAGUCGUCAGCGUGUCGCGAGAUCAUACAGAUUGUCAUCAAACAGAUGAACAGCAUCGACUUCAACCCAGAGAAUGCCAAGGAUUGUAAUCAGGAAACACUAUUCAGCCAACAUCUGCUAGUCUGUGCGUUGAUGGAGGCUGGAGAGUUGGCUCUACAGCUCGGCACGUCAGUACAGAACCUCGUGUCCGAUACCUCGCUCAACAUGAUCGACGCUAUUUGUACUGUCCUGUCGCACCCGUGCGUGGCGGCGCGGCUGGCGGCGGCGUGGUGCGUGCGCUGCGUGUGCGUGGCGCUGCCGGCGCAGAUCACGCCGCUGCUCGACCGCUGCGUCGACGCGCUCGACGCCGCCCGCCCCACCCCGCACCAUAUCUCCGGGUACUCAGCAGCCCUAGCGGCUAUUCUCGGCGCAGUGCGUCUGUCCCCGCUAGGCAUCCCCCACGGGCGAGGCAAGGUGGCGUUCAACGCCGCGGAACAACUGCUGCGGUCGGCGGGACAGAGCAGUCGCCUCACUGCUGCCAGGACUAACGCCGGCUGGCUCAUUGUCGGAGCUAUUUGUACGCUGGGAGUGCCAGUCGUCCGUGGUUUGUUACCCAGGAUGUUACUACUAUGGCGCAACAGCUUCCCACGCUCCGCUAAAGAAUUAGAAUCUGAGAAGUCCAGAGGUGAUGCUUUUACUUGGCAGGUUACAUUGGAAGGUCGUGCCGGAGCCCUAUCAGCAUUACAUAGCCUGCUGAUUCAUUGUCCAUCGCUAGUCCACAAUGAUGAUACAGCCAAACGUCUCACACAACCGAUAGAUGGCGCUAUCGCUGUUCUUACCAACGUAAGCACAGUGGUACGUUCGUAUGGCGGUGCGCUAAAGGCCCCAGCCGCGUUACUCCGUCUGCGAGUGUACCAGGCGUGCUAUGCAUUAGGAGGGGGAGGCUCCCCCCCUCCGGCCCCCUUACUGAGGCUGCUGGCUGCUGAGCUGGCCGGCUCCGCUGAUCCUAGUGGAGCUAAUGUUGCUACUGGUACUCUUCGAAACGCAAUGCAUCCACGAGACACCAUACUGUUGGGUGAAGAAGGAUGGAUUUAUGACACGGAUCAUGCCGAAAUUGAGGAUCAGCUAAUGUCCCCCCUGAGCGCGAGCGGGUCGGGCGCCCUGGAGCACGACCCGUGCUGCCUGUACCGCGGGGCCACGGGCGCGCAGCCGCUGGGGGUGGCCGUCAUCGACGCCUCCGUGCUGCUGUUCCCGCAGAUAUUCUCCAGGGCUGCUAAUAAACAUCGGCAACAAAUGCUGGAGCAUUUUGCGGAAUGUAUCAAAAUGUCGAAGGGCGCCCGGCAGGAAGCGAUACAGAUCAACGUGUACACGGCGCUGUUGCUCGCGCUCAGGACCUUAGCCGAACUCAAGAGCUCGCUAGGACAGGAGGCCGUUAAGAAUAUUGCUACUGAAUUAGUUAUUAACGGUUUAUCAGCAAACAGCGCGACAGUCCGCGCGGCGGCCGCGUCAUGCGCCGGCCGACUAUGUGGCUGUAUUACUGAAGCGGAAAGCCAAGCGUUGUCGGAGAAAGUGAUCGCUUUAGCGCGUACAGCGGUGAACCGGUCCGUCCGUGCAGCGGCUGCAGCGGCUGUCGGGGCGGUACAACGUGCUAGAGGCGCUACGUCAAGCGCUGCAGCGCUGCCUGUACUUAGGGCCUUAGCGCAAGAUACAGCUGCUGUUGAGUUGCAAGUAUGGUCUCUUCACGCUCUCUCCGUGCUAGCAGACGCUUCAGGUCCUAUGUUCCGUGGCCACGUAGAGUCCACCUUGAACCUGGCACUGAAACUACUAUUCAGUGCACCGCCUUUCCAAGAAGAUCUUCACAGAAGUAUCGGCAGAUUGCUGUCUGCUUUGAUUACCGUUGUUGGACCGGAGUUGCAAGUGGUGGCGGUGGGCCGGUUCGUGUGCGCGUGCGUGGCGCUGUGCGAGUGCGGCGGCGGGGGCGGCGGGGGCGCGCGGGCCGAGGCCACGGGCUGCCUGCAGCAGCUGCAGAUGUUCGCGCCCGACCACAUCAACCUGCACACGCUCGUGCCGCAACUCUGCCGUGACCUCUCAAGCUCAGACCUGACAGUCCGUCGCGCCGCCCUCUGCUGCCUGCGUCAGCUGUCGCAGAAGGAAGCUGCCGAAGUAUGCAAGUACGCGCUUAUGGCCAAGGACCAUGUGCCUGCUAGGCCUUAUUGUGGUGUAGUAAUCACAGAGACGGGUCUGCCUGGCGCUUUGUUCGCGUUUUUGGACAGUGAGCGCGAUCCCACGGCGUUGUCGUACGCGAGGGAUACCUUGACGUGCUGCCUGCUGGCCGCCGCCACGCAUCGCAGCGUCAAAGACUGGCUUGUACUCGCUAAGAGAGUGCUUACUAUUAGAUUAGAGGACAACAACAACCCGGACACGGAUUUCGACGGAGAAGGAGACGACGACCAGGCGGAGUUCCACGCUGAGUCUGAAACGUCCACACAUCCCGCUGUACAGUCCAGGUGGCCUACUAGGGUGUUCGCAAUGGAAUGCAUUCAGAAGAUAAUGGGGGCGUGUGAAGCGACCGGCGACAGCGCUCACUUCGAUCUAGUCAAAGCCAAGGAGAAGCUACAAAACCAACCGGACGGAGACUACCUCUCCCUCCACCUAUCGGAUCUAGUCCGCAUGGCGUUCGUGGGAGCUACGGGAGAGUCGGACGCGCUCCGUCUGUGUGGGCUGAAGACGUUGCAGAUGAUCAUACAACAGUUCGCCAGGGCACCCGAGCCCGACUUCCCCGGACAUCUGCUUCUAGAACAGUAUCAGGCGCAGGUGGGCGCGGCAGUGAGGCCUGCGUUCUCCGGCGACACGGCGUCCCACGUGACGGCCGCCGCCUGCGACGUCUGCUCCGCCUGGAUCGGCUGCGGGGUCGCCAGGGAUAUCAACGAUCUGCGCAGAGUUCAUCAGCUGCUAGUUUCAAGUUUGGAUAAGUUAAACACCAAAGGCAACACCACGUUAAUUUACAACGAAAGUAUGGCGACUUUGGAAAAGCUGUCUAUCUUGAAAGCAUGGGCUGAGGUAUACAUAGUAGCAAUGGUGAGCAACGGCAGCGCUCCAGGUAGCUACGUCAAACAUUUAGACACGAAACCUUUCAACAACCGAGCGGAGCUCGCUAGGUGGCGCAACCAGUUGUUGCAAAACAACAACCAGAUUGACAAUGCAACUCCUGAAACUCCUGAAGACGAGGAGUAUGGGGACUUUGAGUCUAAAGGAGAAAGUCUACUGAAGUUGGUAGAACCGGAGCUAGAGAGUUUAGGGGAGAAUUGGAUUGCGGCGUUGAAAGACCAUGCGCUGUUGAGUUUGCCUCCUGAGUUCGCGUCCCAGCUGCCCCACGGCGGCGGCGCGUUCUACUGCGCGGAGACGGCGGAGGCGUCCCGCGUGCACUACGCGCGCGCCUGGCCCGAGCUGCUCUACGCCGCCGCGCUGCGGUACAACAAGGCCGCCCCGCCGCCUACUACAGAUAAAUCGGAAGGCGGUUUAGACAACAGAUCAUCGAAGACUGAAAAUGGAAACUUUGAAUUCUUUGAACCAAUCGAUGAGAGAUUCCAUCUUUUGUUUGGUAUUUGCACGGAAGCUCUUUGCGCACAGCGUGACAUGAGCGAUGAGAACAUUAUCUCUGUGCUGUUGUCUCUGGUCACACUGCUCGAUGCGCCUGAGAAUAGAGCCAGGCUGCUGAAGGAUAGGGCAUUAGCAAUAGAACUGUGCCAAAUCAUCCAUAGGACGGGACUUACUCAGGAAAGCAUUGAAGCAUUGCUUCUAGCUGCUGAUGUUCUGAAGUUGGUCAUAGAAGGCGCCAAGGAACAACUUCAUGCUAAUAUGCAGGCCAAGAUCAAAGAACUAGCACCAAACGAAGCAUCAGACGGAACAACUCCUCAAUCAGUUCUCGAAGUAGUCCACACUUUAGGAGAAGGAGGUCCCACAGGCGAUUUGCCUCCUGGGAAGUCCGUAGUCUUCGCUUGUUUGGAAGCCUGUCUUUGUCUACUGGUCCGUCGCCUCCCAGCCCUCUCGCCGAAGAAACAGGGAGGGGCGAUAGGAGUGAUCGGAGUGCCUAAGGGUUUGGGAGUGCAUGGAGACACGUUGCUAGUCAAAACUCUGACUGCCAUGUCUGAAUUGCCGUCUCUGACUAGUCCUCAAGGAGCUCUAUCAAUCCUACCGACACUACUAUACCUAGCGACGGAGAUACUCCGCGAGUCCCGCGGGCAGGGCGCGGCGGCGGAGUGCGGCGUACUACUACUACAUAGCGCGGCAGACUGUAGUGCUCCGCGCCUACACGCCCACACCGCCGCGCAACACGCCAAGCUACUGCAGAGCGCACUCGCUAAACUCGUCGAGAGGGUGAAGAGUGAUGAUCCAGAACAACGCAUUGAACCUAUAAUAGGGGCGCGCGGUAUGGCAGUAGUCCUGAACAAGGCGACUCCUGCGCCGCCUCUACACUACCCUUGCAUCAACCAUUUCCGACAGUGUCUUGAAACUAAUGAUAAUGAGAUAUUCUCAUCAUGCUGCGCGGUACUGCGGUCAGUAUGGGCGUCGGGUCCCGCGGCGCAGGUGUCGUGGUGGGCGCGGGGGCUGGCGCCCGCGGUGACGGCCCGCGCCGCCGCCGCGCGCCGCCCCCAGGACAUGGCCCACACCAAGGCCGCCAUCGCCGCCAUCUCCGCGCUCGAUGAUCUCGUUAAUGCUGCUCCUGAUUCUGCUCAGGACGGACCUAAAGGUAUCAAGAUGCUAUGGUUGCUGGUACCGAUCGUAAUAUCGUACCUCCGUGAAGGCGCGGAGUUACAGCGUGCGCCGGCGCACGUCCGCGCACUGCACGAGUUCGCGCUGCACUGGCUCACUAGGGUCGGACCUAAACAUCCACAGGAAUUCAAAACAAUGAUGCAACAGUCAUCCGAGUUGCGCAGUAAAUUAGAAAACGCAUUGAAGGCGAACCAAGCGACCGCGCGGUCGGGACGCACCUCACAGACGCAACGUCCCGUGUUCGACGCCAAGCCAGCCAAACCCACCAUACAAUUGAAGACAGACUUCAGUGACUUUAGGUAAACUUAUCAUAUAAUAUGUAUUAGCGAAUAAAGUAACUAUAUAACAAUGGAUUAAGUAAAUAAAACUAAGUAUAUUCGAGUCUGGAAUGUAUUAAAAGUGAUGGCAAUGAGGACUUUCGUUUCUGUGCUCGCUAGAUGGCGUUACUGUUCUAAGACCCCGUUUAUCAAAUCACUAUGUAGGUCUCAAAAUGUAAUGUCCAGUAGCUAGCAAGUCAAAUUACUUUUGUCAGAUUUAUUAUUAGAUUUUUUACUUUGUUGUGAUGUUAUAAAGUUGGAAAUACGGUGAAAUAUUUGAGUCCACUGUCUUAUAGUUUAUUACUAGUAAAUUUUCUAUUGAGCAAUUAAUCUUAGUUCUGUAGCGCCUCAUAGUGGUGAAUUCAUACACGAUAGUCCUCAUUGACAAUUCGCAAAGUUAAUAAAAAUGAAUUGUCUUAGACAUUAGACCAUGUAUUAGUAAUCAAAGCUUUAGAUUAGGUCUAAUAAAAAAUAUUAAGCCUUAGUACGAGUAGAGUACGAGUUUGUUUUACGUUUAACGGGAUCGAAGCGUUGCCUCGUUUAGCCCUUUGUAUGUUGAAUGAAAACUAUACGAGAGCGCGUUCGGCGCUAUGAUUGGCCGGCGCUAAUGAAAUAACCAAUCAGAGCGCCAAACACGCUCUUGUUUCGAUCUCGAUAAAGCGUGCGUGUUGGCCCUCUGAUUGGUUGAUUCGUUGAAGUAGGCCAAUCAAAGCGCCGAACGCGAUUGAUUCGAUCCCGUUAAACGUAAAUCAAACUAGUACUAGGAUCUCUGAUGAUUUGUAAGUUUGACGGUCAGUCAGCCUAGAGACAACAGAUUUUUAUAUGGAAACACUAACACUUUUUAUAAUUUUGACACCUGAUGUUAUGAUCUGAAGUCAAUAACUGAACCUAACUCAAAUAACGAAGAAUAUGCGUACUUUACUAAAUAAUGAUUGCAUUUUAAUAACAUUACCCUAUGCCUCGUUUACAAAAUAAAUGGUAGGGAAAAUUUGUUUGGACAGAGCGAAAAUCAACCUUAAUGGUUGUUUAUGCAGUACCUAUAUUAUAAGAAAUAUUUAAUUUUGUCAUUUUAUUUAUUUUAACACGCUAUAUUUAGUUUUAAUUGUAUGUUUGAUGUUAAUUAUUGUAACCAAUACUUUCUUUUGAGUUUUCAUGAUCAUAAUAUAGAUUUACUGAUUACUAUUGAAAGAUAAUUACUUGGAAAAUGUGAAGGGAUUAGAGAAAAGACUCUCAAAAUUUUUUCUUAUGGCUUUCUGUGUAAAAUUAUCAAAAUAUCUAUAAGAUGUUGCACAAGUGUGCGCAAUAGUCGUAUUAACGAUACGACCAACUAUGUUAUAGUAACAUAGUACGAAGAUCUCAGUAAAAUCAGUAUCAUUAUUAUUGAUCGUGAAAACUCAUCUUUUCAAUAUCAAUAUGCACAAUAAAAUAAUAAUAUAACCAUUCCAUAACUAUGAUAUAAAAAGCAUUUCCUUACAAACUCACUACACAUAGAAAUUAUAAUUUAUAACAUAAUUAUAUUUAUACACGUAACUCCUAUUAUAAUUAUAAGUAAUUAAUUUUAAAAUAUACAUUAGAACAAUAAUAUAGGGUAGAGAGAUGCUUGGCUAUCUCGAAUUUAAUAUUAUAACAUAGUAAAAUAUUAAUCUUCUUUACAAAUCAGUCCAAUAAUCACGCCUCGUAUUGAAAAAAGUCCAUUUAAUGAGAUAUAAUAAUAGCGAUUCUUUUUACAUAAGGCUAACGAAUAUUAAAACAUAUAACUAAUGAAAUUAUAGAAAAAAGUAUCAUGCGAUUAUAACGAAAUAUUAUAUUAGUAACAAAUAUUAUAAGAUAUUAUGAAAUACUCGUUAUAUGUAGAUAUUAUAACGUUUUUAACGGAAUAUAUGGAAAAUAACAGUCCUGUGAUAGUUCCUCAUGCGAAUUUUAAAUUGUGACGAUUUUAUUUGAAAUGUGCGCAGGAGUGGGUUGGAGACGAAAUUGUUUAUUGUUUAGUAAUUUUAUUUUAGUUGAGAAAGUGUUUUAAAUGGUGAUUAGGCGUUUAGAAAAUGGGUUUGAAUUUUAUAAUUUAAACGUUACAUUGUAGAUUGCCUCGUUGGUCAUAUACGACUGCCGGGCAUGAGGUCCCUGGUUCGAUUCCCGGGUCGGGCAAAGUAUCACUAGGCUUUUUUCACGUAGCUCGAAGUCUGGUAUUGUGCCCAGUAUGGCAAAAGGCUCACCCCUUUUACAUGGGAAUUAUAACAUAAAUGGUGAAAAGUGGGUGUACAUUGUACAGUGGCAUUACGUGCCGUAAUGUGCACAUCUGCCUACCCCUUCUGGGAUAAAGGCGUGAUGAUACGAAACGUUAUUUUUUAAGUAAAGAUUGUUGGUGUGUUCUAAUAUUCAAAAAGUCGCCCUCUCAAAUUGUCUACCACUUUAAACGCCACGGGGGUCAACGGUGACCGACGUUAGCGGAGGAUUUGCCUUCAACAGUUUUCUAUUGGCAGUCAAAGACUUACUUGAUAAAAUAAAAAUAAAAUCUCGUUUCCAUUCCACUUCUGUAGCGUGUGUGGCGAAAAAGAUCCGAUAUGCCAAAUUUUUAUUAUUAUAGAUAAAAUAAUAUUUCUGUUCAAUGCUUCCAAUUGUUAUUACUAAUACUGAGUGCUAACCCCUUUGUUCCUUUUUAUACAGUUAUUAAUAUUUUAUUUUAUGGUUUAGAUCCUAAGUAAUUAGUCGAGUUAGUCUGUGCGAGUCGAGUCAAUUAUUAACUCUUUAGUUUAAGGAAUAUAUUUAUUUAGAUUUAAGUUGCCAAUCAUUGUACCUAUUUUAAAGCUUUUCGUUCAAUAAAGUAUAUUAACAAAUUA